AGCAGCUGACUUCAAGCAUGCGUACUUUAUUUCGUGAUACGCAUGUAUCUAAAUUUUCUACUAAUUCAAUUGGCGUAUAUUUUUAGAUUUAAAAAAAGUACCAAUUAGCUACAAGAGAGCUCAGCUCACUAAACGCUCAGUGAAUGUGAGUCUGCUGAAUGCAGCCAUUGUAACUUGAAAAUGGCAAGGCAAAAGCUUGUUUACACACUCAGAAAGUGUGUCAUCGUUCCGUGAGGGGCGUUGACUUCGAAUUGCUCCAACCAAGGUAAACCGCGCCGGGAAUGUCGCUUGUCGCGGGCGUCGUAGGUGGAUGAAAACAAGCGAUGCUCGAAGCUGAGCGAGGUCCCGCGUCUCGAGCGAGAGGAACGCAAGCAGCAGAGAGAAACGCAGCACCGAUUUGCUAGUAUCGGCGUGCCGACGUCUCUUCCUCGAGGAGAUCCUGGUUCCCCGUGAAUCUCGUAACGCCGCGUGAAUCCUCCGCGCCGUCUCCGCCACCUGCGGUCGGGCGGGCAUCCGAGUCGCGGGAACGAUGUAGGCGUUCUCCUCCGGCACCCUUGUCCCUCGAUCGUCACGUCGGGGAUGUCGGCACGGCAUCCGCCCGCGGCUGCUACCACCACCACCGUCGACGAGCAUCGCGAGGAGCUGCGCAGUUCAGUAGACGUAGCGAGGAGCGUGAAAUUACGUCUUACUUACCGCGGGAGAUGUCUUACAGCGAUGGCGCGCGCCACCCGACACGGAAAUUCGGCACGAAAUCGCCAAAGAAGCUGUGCGUGACCAAGAGCGAGAACGGCGACAAGACCACGACGACGGUCACUUGUGGCGGCCACCACCACAAUCACUACCACCACGGCCACCAUCACCGGUUCCUGGAGGGGUCGCAGCCGUCGGUACACAAGCGUAAUCUCUAUAUCAUUUCCUUCCCACUGAUACUGCUGUUUAACGUGCUGCGGACGCUGUUGUAUCAAUUGUUCGUGGUGUUCAAGUACCUGUACACCUCUACGUCACAGCUGCUUCAGCGCAGGCAGGCGUCCAAGCAGGCUUGUCAACUGGAGAUCGUCGUUGGACAGAAACCAACGGAUGACCGUUUGGUAAACAGCCAUCAGGUGGACGGAGAGACAAUGUCGCAAGUGCCUAGGCGUCCGAUCGGCCCAGGUCCUGGGGACCCAUUGCUGGCCAAGCAGAAGCAUCAUCACCGUCGAGCGUUCGAGUUUAUCAGCAAAGCGCUCAAGAUUGACGAGGAUAAUGAAGGACAAAAAGAAAUGGCGAUCGAACUGUAUAAGAAAGGGAUUGGAGAACUGGAGAAGGGAAUAGCCGUGGAAUGUACCGGUGGACAUGGUGAAGUGUGGGAACACGCACAGAGGCUUCAGGAUAAAAUGCGGACGAAUCUAGCAAUGGCAAAAGACAGGCUCGAAUUCCUCGUGAGUGUGUGUGAGCUGAGAAAGCUGGGUAUCAACAAUGAAUAUCGCGCUCCUGGAAUUAAAACGGACGGCGAACAUCCGGGAAAGCAUCUGAGGGCUCGCCGCAAUAUACACACUUUCCAAACUACUACUACUGCUACUACUACUCGAAUUGCAACAUCCAACACUAAUUACAAUAAAAACACGAACAAUACACACACGACAGUUAAUACCGGACAGACUAUAUGUACCCAAAUUCCCAAGUUAAGGCCACGUUCACCAAAAAACUAUUGCGCUCAUGCUACUGAAGCAUCUGGCAGAAAAUUAUCAGUUCCUGGCAAGCGGAUGACAGGGACACCUCUAAGCAAGAGUCAAACAUUGCCUCGAAGCAUGGGCAGAUCGACGCCUAUCCAACCUUGUCACAGAACUAUGCCUAUUAAACCGUCCUCUACACCACCCUCCGUGAAGAGACAGCUGUCCGUACCUGGCAAUGGUUCACCCAUAAGGCGCCCCGGAACACCCACUACCUCAAAUAGCAAUAGAAGCACGCCAACUAGGAAAGUACCUAUUUUGAAAGGCGUGGAUCCAAAACUCGCGCAAGUAAUUCUCGACGAGAUCCUGGAAGGAGGAGCGCCAGUGCAAUGGGAAGACAUUGCUGGUCAAGAGACUGCGAAACAAGCUCUACAAGAAAUGGUGAUUCUACCGUCGCUGCGACCCGAAUUAUUUACCGGUCUGCGAACACCCGCGAGGGGCUUGCUACUGUUCGGACCACCGGGGAACGGGAAGACACUGCUGGCGCGUGCCGUUGCGACUCAGUGUAACGCAACAUUUUUCUCAAUUUCUGCCGCUAGUCUUACAUCCAAGUACGUCGGGGAGGGUGAGAAAUUGGUAAGGGCUCUGUUCGCGAUCGCACGGGAGUUGCAGCCGUCCGUUAUCUUCAUCGACGAGGUGGAUUCGUUAUUGAGCGAGCGGAAAGAUAACGAACAUGAAGCUUCGAGGAGAUUGAAAACCGAAUUCUUGGUCGAGUUCGAUGGCUUGCCGUGCAAUCCUGAAGAAAGGGUGCUCGUUAUGGCCGCCACGAACAGACCGCAGGAAUUGGACGAAGCUGCAUUGAGACGAUUCACAAAGCGCGUAUACGUCACAUUGCCAGAUUUGCAAACGCGAAUCGUGUUGCUUCAAAGGCUUCUGGCGAAACAUAAUGACCCAUUGACACUCGAAGAGUUAAACGAGAUGGCAGUUUUGACGGAUGGAUACUCUGGCAGCGAUCUCACUGGAUUAGCUAAGGACGCAGCGCUUGGGCCUAUCAGAGAACUGAAUCCAGAUCAAGUGAAGGAAUUGGAUCUCAAUUCCGUUCGUAAUAUCACGAUGCAAGAUUUCCGUGAUUCCCUAAAGAGAAUUCGCAGAUCCGUGUCGCCGGCAAGUUUAGCUGCGUACGAAAAAUGGAGCUUCGAGUACGGAGAUGUGAGUCUUUGAUCUAAGAUGAUUUAAGGCGCUCAUGAUCGAGCAAACAGCUCCAAAUACAUCUGACGGAGUUGCAAGUAUUUCGAACUAUCGAGGAAGAAUCAUGCUGUCGCGAUAUGAAAUGUCGACACAGCAGGAAUCCUUGCAUUUUUAUUUCAUGUUACGGACAAUAUUUAUAAGAGAAACGACAACAGUUAUGUCUUUCAGUCUCUGAGAUACUUUUGCUCUAACCUAAUGAAGAGUCAACAGAUUGACUCGUUAUAUUGUUGUUGCUAUUAACUGUGUGAUCCUUAUUUUUAUAUUAGCACAAACUUGGGUUUAACGUCUCUUGAAAAUAUGUUCCAUUGAUUUUAUGAAAUACGUACUUCAAAUGAUGAGAUAUUCGCAUUCAUAAUUCAACACGUAGCUUUAACGUUAGUCUAUUGAAAGGACGUAACUUCAUUAUCCAUCCUUACGAUUCAGUUUCUUUGUAAGAAAUUUGCGACACACGUUCGUUACAAUUAGUUGCACUUAAUGUCAGCAUGUUAGUAGAAUAUUAACAUUAAGUAUUGAAGAAAAUAGAUAUGGUUAGGCACACCGUCUACAAAUAUGCAUCUUCGUACAAAGUCGAAAAUAUUCAAUCAUUGAAGUUUACAGAGUUGACAUUGCACCCUUUCAUUCCCGUGACAUUAUGACAACUAUGUAGAAAGACUACAUUUGCAAAUGAAACAGCGCACGUCCAGUCGGUUUUAGAUAAUAAAAAGGGUAAGGUCUAUCAACGACACAUGUAGAAAGAAAAAAAAAAGACACAGUUGUAUAAUCGAUAUAUCGCAAACACGUGUUUUUACAUAACACAGGCAAAAUCGAGCGGAUAUAAUUUAUAUAAUAUAAAUUAUAUUGUCUUAGGCGCGUCGAUCUUGCACAAGUCGCACUAAUGGAUGUGAACCCUUUCUUCAAAUGUUGCGAAUGUUAAUCUUGUUACGUUUGAUACCAAUUCGAAGAUUUGUUUGUUUUAUUGUUGUUAUACCAAUGCCUUAAAAAUCACGUCGCAACCAUAAUGCAUGCCUGUGCGAGAGACAAGGGGGAUAUCUGAGAUUCUGUUUUGAUAUGAAGUUCUACAAGACAACGAACUGAGAAUCUGAUCUGUGCUAUGUGAAAUCCUAAGUAUUUAUCUGUAAGAAUUAUGUGUAAGGAGAUAAAUAUUGUUAUCGUAUACAAAUACACGCGUGCGCGUGAAUGUUUUUAUGACAUUUGUCUAUUGCUUCCAAUGCUCAAAAAGUAGGAUGAUUAUGCUCCUCUUAUAUACUCAUUAAAUUAAUAUAUAUUCAACACGGAGCUAUAAAUAUGCUGCAAUUACAACACACGACACAUUUAUUUGCGAUUAUUAGUAAAAUUAUAAAUAGACACAAUAUCGUCGUUAUAGGUUUCGUAGAAUAGAUCUACCGUAACAUAACGGUUUUAGAUAUUUCGUUUCUAAUAAAUUUUAUGUAAUAAUGCUUCCUUGAUGCAAUGGAGGGGUAGAAAAUGCUACUUAGGAAUGGAACUUAUAAUUAUUAAGUGAUAGAUCAUUCGGUAUUUAAUCAAGUACGAUGCAUUAAUUGAAUAAAUAUUCCGCAAUCCGAACAGAUGUAAAAGAUAGUCAACGUAGAGAUAAAUGGAGUCCGACACACUUGCUGCACGACAUAACAUAGAGAUUCAAUAUUUCCAAGUCUACAUUGUUGUAAUUACAGAUAAAAAUCGUUUAAUGCAUUCAAGAGCUGUGAUGUUAUUGCGACGACGAACCUGAUAUCUUGCAUAGCUUCUAUUCGCGAUACUUAAAAAUACGUGUACGAUGCACAGAAUGCGGUAUACAAAUCUGUAUCUUGGAGAAAAAAGGGCCAAUAAUAUUCGUUUCUUCAAUAAAACGUCAAUGACCGAGGUGUACUCAUUGAUCGUUUUCAUUUGAAGACAUGUUAUUAGCCUUUCAUAACUAUUUGUAUUUCAAAAAUUAUACGCAUAAAAAGAUCCUCUCUUGGUCUUUUUGAAGUUUCUAUUGAGUUGACCGAAAAGUCCGUGCGAAUUUUGUUAAAAACUUUGUUAAAACAAUUUGCACGGACUUUCCGGUCCACCUAAUAAUAUAACUAAGCGAUUAAGAAUCUUGUCACUAAAUUAUAAAUUUCGGAUUUUGGCCCGUUUUCUUUUAGGAUACAGAAAUAUUUUCAUUAAUUAUAACUCUUGUGGGUCUUUUAUAUUAGAAAUUACAUCUUUGUUAAUUAUGACUUUGUUAACUUUCGUGCGCGAAAUACGAUGUCAUGAAACAAAAGUUCGAUUUGUUCCUGUAAUAAACGGAACUUGAGCGUUAUCGUAAUGUUGAUUCAAUAGUUUUACUUCCGAAUUAUUUUGUAUAUUGUGAUAUUAGUUUGGUAUAUGAAUAAGUUUUGCACUGCCUAUAUACAUCAAGUAUUAUACAUGUUAUGCCUUGUAUUAUAUGCUAUUGCGUGUACCAGUCGCGAGUACCAGUUGUAUUAAUUUGAUAUUUAUGAUAAUUUUGCACAACAUAUUGUUUCACAUAUGAAGAUUAAUUAUUUAAAGACCCUGGCCUUCCAUUGUGAAACAUGCUGAGCCUUGAUUAAGUUAUUUUGCUACUUUUAUAACAUAUAAAAUUAAAUGAUAAGAAUAAUAAUCCGAUAUAUUAUUGAUUAUCAGAUAUAAUAAUAUUUAUGUGCUAAUGCCAUUUGAUCUAAUAGCAAAUAGCAAAGCAAUAGCAAAAGAACUGUUUGUAUAUGUUUGCAAAUUUUCGCUUCAUGACUCUUAUAGUUUUUCUGUCAAUCGAUCAUAUUUAAUUAUUUAUCUUCAGUGUGAAUCGUGAUUGUGUAUUUGACGAUUUGUAUAGUUCAUAUCGUUUAUUGUUGUUUGUGACAAAUUUGUAUUGAAUUAUUCAGUUAAACUUAUAGUUUGUAAAAAAAUAAUCAAUUCUCGGUAAUUAACACAAAUGCAUAUCGACUUUUUCAUGGAUUUUCAUUAAUUUAUAACAUGUUUAAAGAGAAAUGCGAUUUGUAUAUUUAACAGUAUUAAUAGCUAUAAUUUUUCCUAAGUUAUGUGGUAAAUUACAUUGCCAAUACAAAUUUUUACCAAAUAUUUUUCGACAAUGCAUGUGGUAUCGUUUGUAACAUUAGUUAGAGAAAUGAUUACAUAUUGGGAGCAUUGAAGUGUCUUCUCACAUUAUUAUCAUACAUAACAUCAUAGAAAAAUAAGUAUAAAAUCUUUUUUAUCAAUAAUCUUUGCCAUAAAUUUAUUUUUAAAUUCAUCCGCACACAUUCGCGUGAACUGACGAACGGUAAUGUAAUCUUUCUAUCGCAGCGUUAGUCCAUAUCCAAUAGAAUAAUGAUAUCUAUUAAGUAAAUGUUUACCCCAAAACGAUUCAAUCAGGUCUUUAAUGUUAACGGCAACUAUGCUGGACGGCACAGCAGAUGUACAGAAUCGUAAAGCUCUCUGCCAAUAUCUUGUCAGUUUGUUGUUGAUCAAGGAAUGUGUCUACAGAAUGUAAUAAAUAAUGUAUCUAUAUAGUACAAAUUAAUUCUACACUUUCUCUUGCGUAUAUAAGCGAAGCUGAAAUGUUCGAGAAUAGUUAGUCGUUUUUUAUUUUGUUGAUUUGUGACGUUAGGGAACACUUUACUGGUAUAAACAUAUCUAAUCUUAUUCUAGAAAUAUUGUUUAAUGUAUAAACACUUUUCGGUAAGCCACAUUAUUACGAAUAUCGAUAAGAAUGAUAAACUUUGGUUAAUGAAAAAUGUGAAUGUUAUCUUUCGCGUGGAUAGUCUUAGAAAUAUUGAAUACGUUCGUGACUCCUCUGGAGAAUGUCUUCUUUCUAAUUAAUGUGAACAGUCGCUGUAAGUGUAUUGGAUGCAGAAUAAAAUCAUAUGAAUAUCAUG